AUGGCUCCCCAUGGAUCCUCCCAUCCUCCCGUCGCCCUCAUCUUGUGCCGUGACCUCGCGUGCCUCUCUUCCCGGUCAACUUUCUGUUCCUGCACUCUCGCCCAAAGGAGCGUGUGGGCGGUGAGCGAGAUCAUGGCGGCCUCGCUUCUCAGAAGAGGGAGUUACAACAGCCGAGACAUCAGGUUCGAGCUCGAGGCAACCAUCGUCGUAUUCGAGGAGGAGAAGGCAGCGAUGCAAAAGCUCGGCCCGAAGGUGGAGGUGUCCCCAGCAACCAAGCGCCUUUGGCAAGAACUGCAGCAAGAAAAGGUCAGCGUUCACAUCCACAACAGCCGAGGGAUUGGAUAA